AUGGCUGCAAUGAGGAGUGUUAUUCUCUCCCGGCUGAUGAUGGCUGCAGCACCAAAGCGAUACCUACAUCUAACGGUCGCACAAGCUGCAGACAAGAUGAUGGCAGACCCUGUGGAGCAUGCUACAGGGAGGGAGAAAGUUGAAUUGCUUGCCAAAGCUGCAGGCAACAUGGAUCCUUUUCAAUUGAAUGUUGUGAAGAGAGCUGCUGGCACCAAGGAAAAUCCUACUAUCAUCCCUUCUCGAUUGGACCGCCGCAUUGUUGGAUGUAUCUGUGAAGAGGACCAAACGUACAUUAACUGGAUGUGGAUUGACAAAAAUUCCCCUAAGAGAUGCGGAUGUGGCUACUGGUUCAAAAUGGUUGAGGGUGAACAUCUCCCAGGAGAAGAACUAAUUUUCCAUCACUGA